AUGUCUGCUCUCCGCAACAGCCGGACUGCCAGCGUGCAGGUCCGCGGUUUCACAACCACCGCCAAUCUUCGAGUCGGCCCCGAGUCUCCUCAUUUCAUCGAUGUACCUCGAAUUAUCCAGGCGAGCAAUCCCGUCAAGCCGCGUGUGAAGGGAACUCUCCCCGUUCCCCGUGAGCUCUUCCCAACUCGCCGCGUGGACAAGCCCGGCAAAGCAUACCUUGAUGCCGUUACGCCUCUUCCAUCCACGGAGCGCAAAGUCAACCCGAAGAGCAGUGACCCCGAAAAGCAAGCUUUCAAACUCAAAAUGGCCGAUCUUCGCCGAAAGAACCUCCGUGAAGGCCUCCAAACACUCUACAAGCGGAAACAAGUGGCCGAGCAGACGAUGUUUGACCGCAGUCUCGAGAACCAGAGCCGGCGAGAGCGCGUUCUCCAACAACCAGAAUUGGAUGACGAGCGUCUAACACGGCCUUCUGUCAUCCAGGCAAUGCAACCUCAGAAGCACUCGAUCCUCGCUGACCCGAACCGGGAACAGCGCAUCGCGCUUUCUCAGGCGCGGAUGGAAGCCAAGCAGGCACAAAAGACGGCACAACGGCAGGAUGAUUUGCAGGCCUUGUACAUGAAUGCGCGCACAUUCAUUAUAACCGAGGAGCAGCUCACCGCUGAGAUUGAUCGGGUAUUCCCCGAGGGCGAGAAUGAGGCAUGGCGCAAUGAUCAUCAGCACGGUGAUAAUAUUUGGAACCUGGGCGUCCCACCCACUGUGUCUUCUAUUGCGCACGAGUCCCGCAAGAGCGAGACCGCUCGCUGGGAUGUCAUUCAAGACCGUGUCAAGAAGCUGGGCGAGCAGAUUACCGGGGGCAAGCUGUGA